GCGCAGACUCAACAAGAUCAAUAGCCCGGGCUGCGCAAAAAACGCGGAGCCGGAGCCCGUGCGGCCGGAGCGGACGGUCCAAACAAUAGGAUUGGCGCGAUCACCGGCACUCACUCCGGCGACAGACUCUGCCCCGUGUCAACGGCCCUUGAGUAUCGCGGCUCAGGAGCCGCACGCUGAAGAGAGCUUCGUGGAACGCGAGUCUCGUCGCUCGGGACGGAGGAGUUUUCGCGGAGCGAAUCCGCGCCGCGGUGGUCCGCCGCGGGCUUUUGCGCCGCCCCCGCGUGCAAUCAUUCUCAAGAAAUGCGAGCAAUUUGGCUGUCAUUCGCGAAGAGCGGUGCUUGCGCGCGUUCGCCAAACCAUCAUCGGGGCUCCCGGCCGGCGCGUUCCCAGGGCAGGCCACCGCCACCGUCGCCGUCGCGGCUUCUCGCAGCCGAGCGGGGGCCGCGCACAGCCGCGGAGAGAACGGCGACCGCCGCCGCCACAGCAGCAGAAGCAGCGGCGGCUCCAUCGUGAAGCGCUGCGGCGCUGCCGGCUGCCCGCAGCCGCUGGGAUUGCGGACCGCCGAGCUGAUCCGUGCCACGCCGCUGCCGAACAGCCGAGGAGGAGGAGGAGGGGACACAACACGAGAGAAGCCACGGGGGUCCACCUCCCCCCUCCCCCCCAUCAUCACACCCCCCCUCCCUCUCUCCCUGCUUCUUUCUCUAAAGAUCGGCCAGUCGAGAAAGAAGCUGUGUACCCACCAAACCUACCUAGAUACCCGUCCACCCCCCGGCGUCCUUAUUUCCUUGCGUCCACCAGCCCACCAUCCUCUCGCCGUGAGAGUGACGCUCGUGGAAGAAGACGUCCCCGCAUUCUCGACAGCAGCGCUUGCCAGGCUCAGAUAUGACGAUCGCAUCAAAUGGAGCGUCACCUUCAUUGUAGCGAGAAAGGCCUUGAAAGGAUCACAGAAGACUUGAGCAUAUGACUUGAAUUGAGCCGCGUGGAGGCUUCACAUGGCAUAACCAUGCCCGAGCGGUGUGUGACAUCACAGUCAUAAUACACUUGGAACGCCUGAAUGACACCGCACUGACGUUUGCUUGGUGGUGACCGCACAGUAGAGACGGGUCCUGCCCAGCUGUGGUGAGCUCGCUCGCUCACUCACUCGAUAGCUGCUCAUCCGGCCGGGUCAGGCCCCGGCUUAAGUGAGUGCCCGGCGGCUCAGUUGCGUCCCAGCGAAGACGGGCGACAUUGCGAAAUGACGUGGAGGGAAACGCACCGCCGCUUGUGAUCGCUCACGUUUCGUAUCUUCCCAUCGCGGGCAAUAACCAAAACACAAUCGACGACGACAACAAAACUCGGCAGAGACGCCCAAAUGUCUCCGUCAAAAUCCAGCAAGUAGCGUGCGACGACGCUAUAGACUGCUUUUCCGUUUGACGUUUGGGGGGGGGAUCGCGCCGGAAGCCCGUCCGGCGAUUGAUGCGGCUUCGCUCGACAUUUGGAGGCCCCGACGUUGGGGCGAAGAGCGUGGAGGUCCACAUGGCCAGGAGGUCGCGUGCCGGAUGCCUCUGGACGGUUGAGAAGCCCUCAACCGCCAUGCUGUGGACCUGCCUCCUCCUCCUGUCUACCUGCAGCAGCAUCAUGCCGGCAGAAGCAUUUGGCCGCGUGGCCAUGCCGCCGGGGCUGGUGCGACGGGAGCUGUCGUGCGAGGGCUACCCCAUCGACCUACGCUGCCCGGGCAGCGACGUCAUCAUGAUCGAGAGCGCCAACUACGGCCGCACCGACGACCACAUCUGCGACGCCGAUCCCGCCAAGAUGGAGAACGUGCACUGCUACCUGCCGGACACGUUCAAGAUCAUGACGCAGCGAUGCAACAAUCGGACGCAGUGCAUCGUGGUGGCGGGCAGCGACGUGUUCCAGGACCCCUGCCCUGGCAUCUACAAGUUCCUCGAAGUUCAUUACGAAUGCGUCCCCUACAGGCUGGAACAGAAAGACAAGGAGGCGGACAGGGCCAUCCUUGCUGGUCAUAGCCCCUCGUUGGGCCAGAUGGCAACGGUCCUCCGGCACCUCCGUGGACCGUCCCAGAUCGGGGGAGAUCUGCUCUUGCAGGGCGAGCUUCUGUGA